AUGUAUAACAAUACAGUUUAUAGCCUGGCACCAAAUGUCAGAAUUUCUCUGGUCAAUGGAAUUCCUGAAGGCUUCAUGGGCAGCUGUCUUGCCAUGAAAGCGUUUGGGGGCGUCCAUGCAUGCGUGAGUAAAUUACCAUACCACUAUCUAUCUAUCUAUCUAUCUAUCUAUCUAUCUAUCUAUCUAUCUUUGAGAGAAUCCAUGCAUACGUGGGUAAAUUACCAUAGCAUUAUCUAUCUAUCUAUCUAUCUAUCUAUCUAUCUAUCUAUCUAUCUAUCUAUCUAUCUAUCUCAGUCUGUUCAUUAUCUAUCUGUUGUGGCCUUCUUCGAGGAAUUUCAAGAGAUUUCUCUGAGUUGGAAUAAUCUAUCUAUCUAUCUAUCUAUCUAUCUAUCUAUCUAUCUAUCUAUCUAUCUAUCUCAGUCUGUUCAUUAUCUAUCUAUUUAUCUAUCUAUCUAUCACGGUCUGUUCAUUAUCUAUCUAUCUAUCUAUCUAUCUAUCUAUCUAUCUAUCUAUCUAUCUAUCAUAUCUAUUCAUAUCUAUCUAUCUAUCUAUCUAUCUAUCUAUCUAUCUAUCUAUCUAUCUAUCUCAGUCUGUUCAUAUCUAUCUAUCUAUCAUAGUCUGUUCAUUAUCUAUCUAUCUAUCUAUUUUUUCAGUCUUGUCUCCAGGUUACAUAAAACUUGGAUUGUAACAUGUUCCGCGACUACAUGUCUACUUGAUGUGCACCCAUACAAAAAUAGUUUCUUAUUUAAUUCCUAG